CUGGCAUUUACGGAAUGUGUUAACCACGAGAAGCUUGGUGUCAAUGUGGCUGACUAUACCACCAUGGGGUGGUAACUGCCGACAGGGACCUCAGUGGUCUCUGACACGGCCCAGGCACCUUCGGGAUGAAGUAUAUCAAAGCCACUACAGUUCCCCAGGAAAUCCAAGUGUGGUUUCAGGGGGAACUGGAGAGCAGAGGAAUUGACACUGUUUACUCCCACACUGUAAUGAGCCUGCUUCUGCAUCCUGACAAGGAAUUAGGAAACCGUGUUGCUGCAGUGGAGUGCCUAAGGUCAGCCACAGAGCAGGUAGGCAGUGCUGUCUCCAAGACUGGCCUUGAAACACUGGUGGAUGAGCUGUGCAGACGCUUGAACAACCACUUGAACCCCGAGUCUGAGAUGGAAGCUGCUGCAGCUGCACCAGUGGAGGAACCUCUGAAGCGUAGGUCUCCAAAGGAACUAGCACAAAUGUACUACGCUGCAUUUCCAGCUCUUGAUAACAGCCCCCAGGUGCAGGCACAGCGGGUUUCUUGGGAUGGCCGCCGCAUCAUAGAACUACACGAGCGUGAACAGCAGAAUGCUGAAGGUGCAAACUGGGAAUUGAUGCAAGAACAGCAACUGCGUAGCAAACUUGACAGCCCCAGCUUGGUCGCCAUCUGGGGCCGCCAGACAUCAGCAGCCAUAGGCAAAGCAGCAUUUCUCCGCGUGAAAAAAACGCACAUCUUUGAUGGCUUCAAUUCGGUCUGGGCACUCAGUGGAGAAGACAAGGUUAUGCUCAAGGUACAAGAGGAUGAGAUGGCUAUGAAAACUGAGAAAUCUGAUGAAGAUGCAGCCUCUGGCAACGUCGAGCCUGGUUCUCUGGGGAUAGCACUGGCCAAAAUUGUUUCCAAGCUGCUGGAGAAACACAACUGUGCCACAGCCCUCUUCAAGGAUGAAGUGCUGUUUUGGAAUUGGGCAAAAGAUGGAUCUGAUGAGCCAAUUUUGCAGGCUAUAAGCAGUGCCACCCAAGCUAUCUUCAGUGAAACAAAGCACAGCAUGAGCAAAUCGGCACUCCUUAAUGCUGGCCAGGGUGACUGUCUGGCCAAGUACCCUUUGGACAUUGAUUUUUCUAGCCGAUGGCCUGGCAAGGAUCCAUUGGUGGAGCACCCAAUGAACUUGGCAUCCAGUGAAAUAGCCAGCAGGCCUUGCAUCAGUGGUAGCCAUGACUACUUAGCAAUGGGUGACUUUACAACAGUGCCAGCCGAUGAUGUUGACGACUUCUGGGAGAGAGGUUUUGACCCGACUGAACAAUUUGACUUUUUAGACUCUGAUGAAGAUGACAUUGUAGCAGCAGAAUCUGUGACGAAAUGUCCUACUCCCUGGCCCAGUACCAGUACAAGCAGCGGUUCAGACUCGUCAGCAACUUGGGCAACCUGCAGUGCACAUUCUUCCUCCAGCUUCCUGGAAAAAAAGGCUAAAGUGGAGGCAACAGUCCCCAUCUCUGAACCUGAACAGAGCUCUGCUAAGGAGGAGAUCAAUACUCCAGGAGACACCUGGCAUCCAACAUGGAUUGAAGAUCUUCUCAGGGUGUGCCCCGAUGCAGAAGUUGACCCAAUUUUUGCAGACAUUAGUCGCAAAGUGGCUAACUCUAUGAAAGGGACAGGAGCACGUCCCAAGGAAAGACGAAACGAUUCUAGUGCUGGCAGCAGUGGAUCCUCCGCUGACAGCAGCACCAAUCUGGUAGGGAACAAGCACAAGGGCUCUUCACAGCAACAAGAGGGCUCUGCUGCUCACGAGAGCUCCCAGGAUGAGCUGGCUUCUGCUGAAUGGCCCUGGAAGCUUGGUAGUAAUGGAGAGCUGACUACCAUUGGGCCCUGGUCCCCACUUCGAGUUGGAAGUCAGCCCCCUCCACCAGCAGUGCGCAGCGCUUACAUUGAGGCCCUCCGGAAGGAGCUUGAGGCAGAAAUUGACGAACUUCUGUACAACCUCUACGAGCUAGCACAACCUUGGUUUCAGGAGAACCCAGCUGGAGCCUGUGGUGAAAACAAGGAAAUGUGGCCGUUGCAACCGCCUGGCAUGCCAUUUCCUUCGUACCAGUGUUCCUUUCUUCCUCAACCUAACAUUGGGUUGGCAUUGCCAAGUAUUGCAGCAUCGAUGCCGGAUGGUUUCUCUCCUGAAAACCAGCCUUUGUCAUCAGGGAUAAGGCCACCUGGCUUCUAUGUGCCAAACAUGAAUUUCAGGCCCGAAGCACCCAGACAAAACCCAUCAGCACUCAAUGCUCAUUCAAAUGCAUCUAUGCACAAUAACCUUGAACCCAGCAAGUAUGCAAACAAAUAUUCUGCACCCGAUGGCACAGCUGAUGCAAAGCCACUUUCAUCAACAAGCCCAAGUUUCACCAGAACUUUUCUUGGUGCAGAUACUGUUUCCCACUCUUCAAUGCCAACUGCCUUGUCUCACAUUCCACCAGUCAACACGGCUGGACUUGGUACCAUUGAACAAAUAGCACAUGGCAUGGGACUUGCACACACUUCUGAACAGUCUGGUUCAGAUAUUGGCCUUACAAAUUCAGUAACGUUGGCAACAAAGAUACCUGUUGCAAUGGGUGUUGAAAACUCUGGUGCUAGUGGUGCCUUUGACAUGAACCUUCUGGACACCGGCCUUACAAGCUGCAGCGCAGAGGUCUCCAUCGCCACCAUCCAUGACAAUGCUGUUCCCAGUACAGUUAUGAAAGGUGGACCUUCAAGCUUCAUGCCUGAUAGCAAUGCUGUAAAGGAGUUGAAGACUAGUUUACCUACAACUUCAAGCCUCCAGUCCAUUCAUACAUACACAGCUAGCCCACAUACUCCUGGAUGCUCUGGUUCAUCAAUACCACAGUCUUUUACAGUUCCAAAUUACACUACACAGGCUGAUUGCGCAGCGUUGCCAGCCUUUACAGGUAAUACACGGAACAACCAAGUGCCAUGGACGCAUACAUCUCAGCUUUACACUUCCGAGUUGAGUAGUUCACAGUCACGUAGUUUGCCUCACAGCAUCUCGCUUCCCAACUGUUCACUAGCAAGUAAUUCACAGGGCACUACUACUGAUGCGACCAUUUCAGAGGUUUCUUCAAAAAGCAGCACCAAUAUUUCAAGCAAACCUUUCCAUAAUGUUCCUCACUCAUACACAACAAGUGACAGAUCAGCUGCUCAGACUCUUCUACCUGAGCUUUUGCAAGCUGAGGCUGGUGCUCCAUCUGGCGCUUCAUUAACCAAUUCAUCAUCAUCUUCUAAGCUGCCUUCUAAUGCAGCUGUGCCAGGUAGCUCAUGUGUCGCCUCAACUUCUUAUCCUCUUUUGCACAACACAACGGUUACUGUGACAUUUACAAACUGCUCAGCACCGCCUCCUUUGUUGUCCACCUCCCUUGGAAACAUAAGCUACGGUGCAAUUCCUUGGACAUUCCCUUGGCCACCUUCGCAUCCCGGCCAUGAGGCCUUGUCUAGGCCACCUGCAUGGCAUCAACAUGGACCUGCACCAUGGGCCACACAUGGUCCUAGAGCUGGCCCUAUCAAUUGUAAUUUACCUGGUCAUGGAAACUGUGCUUUAGCUGGGCAUGUUCGGGUGUCUCCGCCACUUAACACCCGGCCUCCAGCAUGUACUUUAGUGAACCCUCAUCAUCUCCGACUGGGUCCAGGGCCUAUUCCUAGGCCCCCCUGGCCCACUUCAUGGACCCCUCCAUGGCCUGGUCAUGGUCAGUUGUCUUGGCCAUUAUCUACUUGGCCCCUGCCACCACCAGAAAACAGGAGCCCUCAGGAACCUGCCUCCAGGGCCCUUGCCAGGCCCAUGCAAUGUGCUUUGCCACCAGCACCAUGGACUCACAUACGAAUGAGAACUGCAGUUCUGCCUCCGCCCAACACACAGCCAACAUCAGUGUGUGGAAUUGUUGCCUCGCCCUCCUUUGGACCAAUGCUGCGGCCGCCUCCUCACCGACCACCUAUAGCUGCUGGAAUCUGCUCAUAUCAGGGGCAAGCUCUUGUCGGAGCUAAAACUCCACCAAAACCUAUGACCGACUCGUUGCUUGGCCCAUGGCAUCGACCACCACCUCCUACACCUUCUGCAGGUGCAGCCACAUUGUGCCCUGCAGUUCCUCAGCCUGGCUUGCUUAAUGCUACCUCCAGUGCAAAUGUGCCAACAACUAGCAUAACUGCAUCCCCUACUUUGCCAGUGCGUUCAGAGCCCACAGCAGCACAUGUAACAAACAGUCUUGCAGGCCCAGCUUCCCGAAACAUGGCAGCUCCUGCACCACGCCAUGCACCUAAGGCUGCGCAGGGCCGAUGUUUUAAACCACCAGUUGGUGCUAGCCCCAAGGUAACUUCAAUAAAUCCUACAUCAAGGCUACCACCACGUUUAGCACCACGUCUAGCUGCAAAACUCGCCAUGCGGCCUUCUGCUACAUCAAACAGUGGGAAUGGUUCUGACACAUCUGAAUUCUGUCCAGAGACAGACAGACCUGCAAGUCAGCCCUGCAAAGAUUCUUCUCAAGUUGUUCCUGAAAUGGCCAGUCGGCAGCCUAUUAAACACUUCAAGGAACAAUCUCAGAUAGUUCCUGAAGUAGCCAACCGGCAGCCAGCUAAACCAUGCAGAGACACUUCUAAAAUUGUGUCUGAAGUGACCAGUCGGCAGCCUGUUGCUGGUGGUUCAAUGCGCUGUGAUGGUAAAGCACUGACCAAGACUGAAUGCUCUGGACACAGUGCUAAGACGGGAUCUUCAUCUUGCAACGUAUCUACAGGGCAGGGCAUGGCUUGGCGUAAAGCCCCCAAUUUCAAGAGCUCACCUGGUGUCUCAAGCCAUAGCAUGCGCAACAGUGAACAGAACAUGACUGCACCAGCACUGCCAGAAAAACGUCGCCAAGAGACUUAUAGUACAGCUCCACCGUAUUCAUCAUCUGGAAGAAGGAAGAAGCGACGUUAAAGCCCUCAAAUGAGAAGUUUUAUUCUGGUCACUGAAGUAACAAUACUGAAAAAUAUGUCAUGCCUUUUGUUACACUGCUUGUUCUAUACUCCAAGGCUGCCACCAAGAAUGACCUUUCGUGUUUGCAGCUCCUGUUGUAUAACAAUAGCGUAAAUGAAACGGGUUACAUAUUUUU